UUCAUUGUUUAUAAUGUUUGAUUUUACAUUUUUUUUUAAUUGGAAAUCGUUACACAUAAAUGCAAUAGUUUUUUAAUCACACUCGAUAAUUGGUUCCACAUUACCCGAGUCCCGACAGACCUUGUCGCGCGACAAUGUUUUAAUACCAGACUACGAUUAUAACAUUAAUCGCUGAUAUUUUGACGAAUCACCAGUGAAUACACACACAAGGGCAAUAACAUGUCGCAGUGCGACGUUACAAAAGCCGGUGUCCCUUUCAACUCUCCUGCUUUUAUUUCUUGGCGUAAACUUCAAUUAAGUAGAGCUAAACUCAAGGCUUCAAACAAAACAUCAGCGCUUUUAUCAGGUUUUGCUAUGGUAGCAAUGGUAGAGAUGCAAAUUAGCGACAAACCUAGGGUACCAGAAGGAAUGUUUAUAGCAUUUGCUAUAUGUACCACCCUUUUAGUUGCUGUUCACAUGUUGGCUCUAAUGAUAAGUACAUGUAUUUUACCAAACAUUGAUGCCGUAUGUAAUCUCCAUUCGGUAAGUCUCGCACAUGAAGCUCCACAUGAACGUCUACAUUGGUAUAUAGAAACUGCAUGGGCGUUUUCAACACUUCUUGGUCUUUUAUUGUUCCUAGCUGAAAUUGCUAUAUUAUGUUGGGUUAAAUUUUAUGAUAUAUCUAAAUAUGCAGCAUGGUCUGCCCUUAUUAUGUUGAUCCCUGUCCUAGUGAUAUUUUUCGCAUUUGCAAUACACUUCUAUCAAUCUAUGGUAACCCAUAAGUAUGAAGUGACUGUGAGUGGUAUUAGAGAAUUAGAGCUUCUGAAAGAGCAGAUUGAAACUGAUAACUUAGAACGCACAAAUAGAUUGUUACUGAAUACGUCAAGCACACAAAUUGUUUGACAGUACCUUCAAGUGAGGCAUAUGUCCAAAAUAACCGUUCAGUUCUUAUAAUAUAUAUAAUUUUAAUGGUGCUUUAUUAAACAAAACUUUGAAAAAUGUUGUUUGACUUAUUAUCUUUGACCUAUACAUUUUUUUUACCAUUCUCUAUAAAUCCAACGUACCUAUACUAUAAAUUAAUAUUGUUAUUAUAAAGAUUUAAUGAAUACAAGCUACAAAUAUACCUCUCAAAAGUACCAACUAGGUUCACUUUUCCAUCAGAAAAGAUGCUGAUCUCAAAAAUCAAAGCAUGCUUACUAUCCAAAAUGUUGCUGACAGACAGAAAAAACAAAAAAAAACACAUCAUUGUAAAACCAAUACCGCUUAGAAUUUAAAAGGGUGAUCAAUUAAAAAAAAAAGUGGAAGUCGCCCUGCUAUACAGUAUGUUAGAAGUGGGUGACUGUAAUGGAUGGUGUUGAAUUUGAAUUCAAUCAUUAUAUAAUAUUAUUACUUAUUGUAUAUUUGCAUACGAAAAACGAUUUUGAGCGGAUAGGAAUUAGGAUAUUGUAUAUUAUCUUAACAUAGUAUUAAACAAAGUCCCGCUGUCUGUCUGUAUGCUUAGAUCCUUAAAAAUACGCAACGGAUUUUGAUAGAGUGAUUCAAGAGGAAGGUUUAGAUUCAUAAUUGGACCCGGUAGGUACAAGUGGUCCAACCCGAGGAGGUGCUCAAAUAGGAAUUUUGAGAUUUACGACGGAAAUUUUUGUUUAUAAAAUAUGGUUGCUCCUUAUAGGAGUAAUAAUUAGUAUAAAUUAGUAUUUAUUAUUUUAUUGGUUGCCAUUGGUUAUCGGGCGAAUCAGGUAAAAGCAAGUAUCAAAUCGAAUUUUCGCACAUUGCCUACACAGGCAGCUGGGUUUCACUUACAGCCGCUCUUCAGCGUGUCGUUACCUACUUGAUAAUAAUAUGCUGUCACACAUUGUCCGCGAUCCGAAAUAGUCGGAUUGCCUAUCAGGAUGUCUAAGUUUCCCUUACUGCAACGAGUUACACCCGAAAGGAGUUGAACAAUCACAAUUUUUUUAAGAGUUGUCAUUUUUUACGGGCAACAAAGUGCGCGGGAUCAGCUAGUAUUGUAUAUUGCAAUAAUGUUAUUAUUAAUAAGGUAGUCGGUUAAGUUGAAUACAUUAUUAUUAUUUGUUUAUAUAAAUUAAUAAUUUGUUAUCAUAUUUGAAUAUCAACUAUAAUAAUAUAUUUUAGAAUGAUAAGUAUAUAUUUAUUAGUUUUGAAAUUAAAAUAUUAAAAAAAAAACCGAAUUCGCGGAAGUGCAUAAUUAUAGAAACAUACACCCGCCUAUAUCAGCAUGACAUGAUUUUAAGAGCGAGCUGUUAUUAAUUAUUAUUCUACUCCUGUCUAACGAAAAUAAGACAUGGCUUAUAAUAAUAUAGGUACACAUUUCCAAAGAUUUAUCUGUGGGCAUUAACGACAGCAAUAAUAUUAUAUUAUUUACAACCACUCUACAGCUUUUAAAUCUAAAACCACUUUUAUCAUUCCAUCGUUAUAGAUGCCGAGUACUCAUCAGAAUUUCCUUGAAGCAUUCAAUAAAUCUUGUAUAAUAACCAAUGUUAGGUUAGAGUAUGCUAUAGAAACUCUAUCUUUAUUAUUUUAUCUGAAUAUUAUUAUAUUAAUUUUUUUUUUUUAUUAUUGAGAAUAAAGGCUUCAACAGUUAGGUCAUUAGCCUGUGGUUGUGGUUACAUAAUGGAUAGAUAAUUGAGUUAUGAAUUAAGGUUACAUAGUUAUGGGAUAAGUGGUUUUUACAGAAUUAUAUAUUUACAUUAUAUUUGUUAGUUUUGUGUUUUAUUUUAAUAUUACAUUUUUGUGUCGAUGCCGAUUGAUUUGAAGAAGCUUUGGAUUAAGUGCGUGUUGUGUUCUCCUAGUGCUUCCUCCAUCGAUGAAGGUUGGUUGAGGAUGUUUCUUGCGUUGACAUAUAGCGGGCAGUCUAGGACUACGUCUACGUGUUUGAUUGAGAGCGGUUCGUUGCAUUGGCUUCAGAAAGGUUGUUCUUCGUGUUUUAUGAUAUGUAUGUGGAUGAGGUUGGUAUGACCGAUUCUUGUUCUGGUAUUGAUAAUUUCGGAACGUCUAGAGCAGGGGUCACCAAAUGGCGGCCCGCGAAUGCAUUUUAACCGGCCCGCAGACUGAGAGAAAAAGCCAAUAAUUUUAUUUAAUUAUUAAGGGUGACUGUUGUAAUAAUAAAUGUUGCAGGCAACUCCGAUCUUUUGUCGUACCAUUGUAUCAUUCAUCAAAGCGUCCUUUGCUGCAAACUGGAUUCGUGUUUGGAAAAUAUUAUGAAAACAGUAAUGAGUAUUGUUAAUUUUAUACGUGCAAAAUCUUCAUUCCAGCACAGACUAUUUAAGGCACUUCUUCAAGAAAAUGAUGCUCAGUUUGACGAUUUAUUACUUCAUAAUAAUGUGAGAUGGCUGAGCAAAGGAAAUGUUUUGCAAAGGUUUUUUAACUAACUGAAUGAAGUUAAACUAUUUUUAAUUCAGAGUACACAUUUGCCUGCCAAAGACUAUCACAAAUUUAUCAGUAAUAACAGUAACGUAGCAACUAUUGCGUUUUUGACAGAUGUAUUUCAACACAUAUUUUUUUAUUUUUGUGUGUCAUCACCUUUUAGGACAGUAAAAGUGCUUGAAUUUUCUUCAACAGUAACUUUUCUGAUAGGAAAGUGAAUCUAGUUAGUUAGUUAGUUACUUUGGGGAUCAAAGGUAAAAAUUUCCCAGUAGUUUUCAAAAGUGACGAGAAAAACAAAAGAAAAAUUAAGGAAAAACGGGAAAUUUUACGCAAAAUCUGUUUUUGAGAAAAUCGAUUUUAGUUUUUGGUGUAACUCUAAAACAAAUGACCGUAGGGACGUGAAAUUUUGACUGAAUGUUUAUAAUUGCAUUUCCUAUACACCAUAACAUUUUCCAAAUAUUUUGACUUAUUUUGAGCUGUUUACGGACAUUGUCAAUUUCCAUUUUUUUUGAAAAAUAACUGAAUAUAGAUGAAAUUGUCAACGAAUGUUUAUAUUAGCAAUUUAUAUGCACUAUAACUUUUUUGAAAUAUUGCGACUCUUUUUGAGCUAUUUAUAGGAAUAAACAAUUUCGAGGCUUAUUAGUUUUAUUUUAAAAUUAUCGUCGAUACAAAAUUAUUUGGUCUGUCAAAAUACUUGAAAAUAUAGUACAUUUUCGAGUAAGAAUUUCAUAAAAAUAUUUCUAUUCAUAUCUAAGAAUUGACAUUUUCAUACAAAAUCCCCUUAAGUGUUUCUAAAUUCAAAAAAAAAUUUUAAUUUCUAUCUAAUGAUGAUUUGAAAUGUUUUUAGUUUUUCAUUCUAUAAAUGUCAAUACAAUUGUAUUUGUUGGGUCAAAAAGCUAAAAUUAAUACUAAGUUCCUCAAGAGUUUUAUAAUAGCAGUUGACAAAAUAAAUAUUAAAACUACAUCAUAGGCAUGAUUUUUUUAUAGACAUUUAAAGUUCAUAUUUUUGACAAAAUUUAUCAAAUUGAAAAAUUCCAAAUUACUUAGUAGUUAAAAAUGUAUAAAAUAUUCAACUUUUAUUGUUAAAUAUCGGAAAUACAAAACAAGGAUUUUCAUAGAUAGUUCAUACAGUAACCAAAAAUUAUAAAAAAUCCAUUAUAAACACAGUAAUUUUUUAGAGACAUUAUAAGUUAGACAGUGGACCAUUCCGUGAAAAAUUUGUUUAGGUGUACUACAUGGUUAUACACUUAUACGUUCCUAAUAAUACCUACCUAUGAUAUAGAAUAUAGAUAUUAGGUGAACAAUAUAAGUUUAAGUAUGUUACACUAAAUUAAUAUUUACCUUUAACUUAAAACGCGUAUAAUAUUUAUUUAUUUAAAUUAAACCAAAACAUACGAUAUGUAUAGGUAUGUCUAUUUUAGGUACGUAUGCACCUAUUAAUUAUAAAUAUUCUACGACCGGAGACUGGAAAAACGACGACGCUGUAUUUUAUACAUUUCUAGUUUGGAAUUAAAAUAUGCGUUUAUGACACUUGGAUAGCACAUUUUUCGUGACAUUAAAUAUUUAUUUUAAGCCUUAAAAGAAAAUUUAAGCCCCAAAACAAUAUGAAAACAAACUUACUUUAAUUAUCAACUCUUUCGGCAGAAUUCGUGACGUGUGUGAACUGCGACAACUGCUAACUCAAAAUAAUUUGCAAAUUUUCGUCAUUUUUACUUAUUUUGUCAAUAUUUGAACUUUAAAUGCUUAUAAAAAAAUUGUGACUAUGGAUUUUUAAUUUUUUUCAUCUGCCUUUGAAGCAAUAUACUAGGAUCCUUCUAUUAAAAUGUCAAGCUUUUUUAAUCAACAAAUAAAAUUUUAUUGAUAUUUAUAGAAAAAAAAACUAAAAAACAUGGAAACUGAAAGUGGCUGUAAACAGCUCAAAAUAUAUGGAAAAUUUUUUUAUGGAAUAAAAAUUUGAUUAUAAAAAAAUAUGAUUAAGUACUGGUUUUUAGAUUUAAUGUCAUAUAGGUUAUACAGUAAAUCGGAUAUAGAACCUACACCAGAGAAUUAAAAUCGUUAUAUCUUGUUAAAAUACCAAAUUUUGUCAACGUUUGUAUUUGGGAGGUGUAUAAAUGUUGUACAAAUUUAUUUUUGGUACCUAUUUUCAGUCUACUGUAAGAUCAGUUUAUGAGAAUCCUUGUAUUAUAUUCUUCAGAUUUUUUUUCAGAAAUAAUAACUUUAUAGUAGUUAGGUACAAGGUACUUACAUAUAAGUCAAUCAAAACUAUUUACAAUGAAUGUUAAUAGUUGAAACUUGAAAGCUUUUAAAACAUCCAUUAUUUGUAUUUAUUUAUUUAUAAUAAUUCAGACUUUAAUAUUAGCAGUAAUUCUUUUGCACU